GCAAAUCCUCCAUCACUCACCCCCCUCCUCUCCAUCAGUCCCUCCAUCCUCCCACACCCACUCCCCAAAUCCACAGGGGACCUCGGCUUUAUCUGAUUGGUCGGGCAUGAGGCAACAAGGGGGGACGGAAACAAUGUCAUCAUGUUGCCUUAAAAAGAGUGCUGCUAUGUUGUAGUGUGAUCACCUCGGGAGGAGCGCAUAGGAUCAAUAUAGAGAAGAGGAAACAGAAAAACACAAAAAAAGACGCAUUCGAUGUUUGUAUCAGCGAGCAGCUGAAAGUGUUUUUUUUUUCUUUCUCGCAGCAGCAUCCAAAGUGCCUUCAGCUGUCAGACCACCGCGAACAUGCCCAGAGGAUUUCUGGUGAAAAGAAACAAGAAGACCAUCCCGGUGUCUUACCGGGUCCGCUCUGAUGACGAGGAACCGGAUCAAGCAUCAGUUGAUGCGCCGCCGCUGCUGCCGCCAUCCUCCUCCUCCUCCGCGCAUUUCGCCUCCAUCCCAGUGCGCACUCCAACGCCCAGUUUCGGGGCUGCGGCCACUGCUCCGGACCAGGAUGCUAAACCAAUUCAAUUCGGUAACCCCGAAACAGUGUACCGUGGUCUCUACAGCCCCACUCGCCCCGUCAGCCAGGACCACGACCGCUACUUGGAGAGGCGCUUCAACCUCGGAUCACCUGUUUCGGCUGAAUCUUUCCCCACACCAGCAGCACUUACAGCUUUGGGUCACCUCUUUGCACCUGUGGACCUGAAAAUCGGCUCCAGCACCAGCAACCACGCCGAAGCCAGUGCUUCCUUCUCCGGGAAGAUCCCCAUCUCCGGGGCCAAACGACCGCCCAGUGACCCGGAGCGCAAAGGCAAACCGCCCUCUAAGAAAACCAAAGCCAUUCGGAAACUGCACUUUGAGGAUGACGUCACCACAUCCCCAGUUCUCGGGCUCAAGAUCAAAGAAGCUCCUGUGGACCAGAAGCAGCAGCCGAACACAGGUGACCAACACCCGCUGGGGGAGUUCGUGUGCCAGCUGUGUCGUGAAGCCUACGCAGACCCGUUCUCCUUGGCCCAGCACAAGUGCUCCAGAAUAGUCCGCGUCGAGUACAGGUGUCCUGAGUGUGACAAGGUAUUCAGCUGCCCGGCCAAUCUUGCCUCUCAUCGGCGCUGGCACAAACCAAAGCCGCAGAGCGGAGGGCAUCAUUUGGAGAGCGACAAAGUUUCCAACAAAACAGCGCCUGAUGACACAAAGGACUGCAGCGACAGGGACACGCCGAGCCCACAACCGUCCGAAUCUGGCUCCGAUGACGGGCUUUGUGAUUGUAACCAGUGUGGGAAAAGGUUCAAACGCCAAGCCUAUCUGAGGAAGCACCUUGCGUCACAGCACGGCUCUCCAAAACCCGCGCGGGAGGACGACGCGCGCCCCUGCGAGCAGAGCGCCGCGCCGCUCAACCUGAGCGCCUCUACCUGUCACCUGUGUCCUGUCUGCGGGGAGAAGUUCAGCAGCAGAGGCAGCCAGGAGCGGCACAUCCGCCUGCUGCACUCCUCACACAUGUACCCGUGCAAAUACUGCCCCGCUGUCUUCUACAGCUCUCCGGGACUCACCAGACACAUCAACAAAUGCCACCCGUCCGAGAACCGACAGGUGAUCCUGCUGCAGAUGCCGCUGCGCCCCGCCUGCUGAUCCGGGACUGUUCACACAUGAUUCGUGGCCAGCCUUUGUUCUUGUCUUACACAUCUCUGUCUUUGUUCCAUUUUCAUGAUCACAGAGCAAAAAUAUGGAAUUCUAGUUUUUGAUAACUACUAAAAAAAAAGAAAAUAAUUAUAUUCACAUUUCCUCAAAUCCUCACAACAUUAAGUUUGCAGUAAAUUGAACAAACUUUUUUGAUUUAUGAAAUAUCUGUUCUCUAUUCUAAAGCUAACAGAACUUAAGUAAAAUGGGAAUAAUGAUGCAGUCUAGCUCUGAACACAAAAAUCAUCAGUGACUGUUGCCUUCUCACAUGCACUGUGCCUGACACUCCAUCACGUGUCUUCGAACCCCCUCCUACACAGCAUUGGACUGUUAAUGAAGAUUUCUUCUCACAUCCCUGCACAAGUGCUAUUAGCUCCUAGACCUAAGAGAGGGAAUAACCUGUAGCCCAUGAAGCCCAGAGGUCACAGGCCUGGACAGACCUUAUCUUCUCACUGGGAUUAGCUUUAACAUAGCUUGUGGAUCUGUGGAUCAGUAGCUGUCGCCUAAAAACAACCCGAGUGAAACUAGUGUAGCCAGUAAUGCCUUUGGAUUAGAAACUCCUGCUGUAAAACUGCCUUAAAGUCAACUCAUCUGAUUGUUUUUGAUCACCUCUUUAUUGUUGGCUGAGCAUAAAUUAUAAUUUUCCACAAAGCCUUCUGUGUUAAUAGCCUGUGUACUACGUAAUCUCUUUUCUUCUUUAUUUAUUUAAUUUAUUUGUGUAAGUUAUUAUUGUGAGGUCAAACCUGUAUUUUGUUGUUGUGUUUUUUUUAACAUGAUGUAGCCAAAUCAUUGUGAUUUCUUUUUAUUUAUAUAAUGAAGGUGUGAGAACAGUGUGACCGUUCUACAAUCAAUGAACUGAAUGCAAUCAUGUUUGUACUUGAUCACUUUUUUAUUUAUUUUUUGCUUCUUUUUUGUUUUUUUGCGUUUCCUUGUUAGCUCUGCUUUGGAUGUUUCUGCUGCGUUCUGCUAAAUGUCCAAAAACAAUAAAGCCAAACUGAGAAAUAGA